AAUCACGCCAGGAAAACAGGAAGCCCUCAGAUGGCACAGCUCCUUCGCCGCUCCUCGAUCCACAGCGCUGAGCGACGCCUGCGACACGCAUCCAGGACAGCAAGAGCGCUUCUGCAUGCAAGUACCAGACCUGCUCUCCUUAAAAACAACCUAGAAUAGCUGCAAGCAAAUGUCUCAACAGGAUUUGGUUACGUUCACGGCUGCAGCGAGUGUUCAUUUUUAAGCUGCUCUCGGUGGAACGCAGGGAUCACACGCAGCCGGAAUCCUGCCCGCUAUGGCGGCCCGUCCGCUCGGGAGGAUGCUCGGGAUGCGGCGCCUGCUCCUCCCGCUGCGCUGCCCGCCGGGCGCCGCGCACCGGGGCUCAGACACAGACUCCCUCACUAAACAAGCUGAAGCAGCUGCUGCUACAGACUGGAAAAAAAAACUGACUCCAGAGCAAUUCUAUGUUACACGAGAAAAAGGAACUGAACCGCCAUUCAGUGGGAUCUAUCUGAAUAACACAGAACCAGGAAUAUACUGCUGCGUGUGCUGCAAUGCCCCCCUCUUCAGCUCGGAGAAGAAGUACGAUUCUGGGACUGGAUGGCCAUCUUUUUCUGAGGCUUAUGGUACUUGUGGCAGAGAUGAAAGUAAUACCAAUAUUGUGAGACGACCAGAUAACUCACUGGGGUCAAGAAGAACUGAAGUUGUCUGCAAACAGUGUGACGCCCAUCUAGGCCAUGUGUUUGAUGAUGGACCCACACCUUCUGGGCAGAGGGCAGGGCUCUCUCAGAAAAGGGGAAAGUUUUCCCACAAGGACUCCUGUGUUCAGCCAAGUGAUGGUGGAAGAAGCCAGCACUUGCCUUAGAAGAGUGACAUUUGGCUGGGAUACCAAUGGAAAUGCUCCUCACUUCUGCAAGUGGCCUAAAGUAGAACUGGCAAAAUACCUGUUUUUUUCCUCUCCCUAGAGAUUCCAGGUCUCACUGACACCUUUUACGAAUGAAAAUGCCACGCAAACAAAACAGACCGUGAAGCUGAUGAAAUGUCAGCUGUGGGUUGCACAGACCUACGUGCAAACCACACUCAGCUGAGUGCCUUGGAUGGAUGCACAUGGUUGGUGGAGAGCAGCUCUUGGUAAACUGGCAAGUGAGUACCUGCUACUCACAGAGGGAGCUUGCCAGAGCAGAGAGCACAUUUAUUUCACACCUGCAAAGAUCAUUGCAUGCUAACCCCUGUUUGGGGUUAGCAGCAGCUGGUGCCUCCUCCCUCAUGGAGCAGGAUGACCUGAGGAAGGAGUCCUGGAAGGCCUCAGUUCAGCUUGUGCAGCAUUACUGAUACAUAAUCACAUGAACAGAGCCAUAGCUCCAGGAGCAGCACCUGACCUCCACUACCCUGCUAUGUCACCAAGCAAACACGGCGAGGCCCCACCGAGGGGGAGUCAGACACUGAGAUAAGCAACCUUGUUCUGCUUCAUGUCAAACAGGGGAAAAGGGGGAAAAUUGACCACACGUGUAAAAUCAGAGCAAUGGUACAUCACCUUUCAGUGCAGUGUAAACUGUUGGACACUUGGGAUCUCUGACCAAAAGCUCUUUGGGGCAGUGCACUUCAUUAUCUUCUGUGUCUGUGGUACCACCACACCAGGACAGAUCCCAACUAAAGGCCCAAAGUGUUAUAAGGUCAUUAAAAAUAAAGACCAAUAAUAAUGGAAAGCAUUAUCAAGGAGUGUCAUAGGCUACAAGAAUUUCCUCAUGUAUCUGCAAUUACUUUGUUCCACCACAAUGAACAAAGAGCAGUUGCUUUUCUGAGUGGAAUAUACUCUGCCAGGCAGCUGCAGAUUUAUGUUCCGUUCUUCAUAUCUGAGGAGUUUUUACCGUGGUUAUUUCAUUAAUUUGCUUCAAUGCUGAUACAUUUUAUUCUAUUGUGGUUUUAAAUAGCCUCUUUAUAAAUCCUAAUUGGGAUUUCUACAUAAUUUUAAGAGAUUUUUUACAUAUUAGAUAAAGUAUUUAAUGACUUUCUCAGUCUUUACAGCAUAUCUACAAGGCAAGUAACUAUUCCUUCUUUUGCUGAGGGAAAACUUGAUGAGAAAAAUUUAUUGACUUGCUCAAGACUUCAAAUUAAAUUUGCAGCCAAGCCAGAAUUAGACUCUGCAUGGCUCAUGACAGCAUCCAUAUCUUCAAACCGUGCUUUUUCAAGACUUGUCUUGGUAAUUGAUUAGGGGGGAGAGCAUGUCUAUUGCCAAAAAAGAGAAAGUACACUUAGCAUAUGUUUUCCAUAUUAAAACCAAGUCUAAGCCAACACAGGCAACUUGGCUUAUAAAGAGAAACUUGACCUCUUUCUCAGAGCAAAUGUGAUAAGGGCUUAGUUAGAAAUUAUAGAAUAAAAAAGAAGGUAAAUAGGAAAGAAGGAGCAGGUUACUCAUGUUACUAUAAAUUUCACUCAGAAGAAAAUCAGAAUGGGCAGAAAUCAUAAUGCCCAUUAUUUUAGCCAUGUAUCCACAGAAUUGUAGUGAUGCUCUUUUCUACUGCAUCAUGCUGCAAAUCAUUUGGACUAUUUUUUAUGCUUGUGGACAGCCUAGACUGAUUUUGGUCAAAAUAAGAAAAGAAGACUGUUGUCAGUGCAAAUACAGUAAUUUUGCCACCCCUAAAUACCUCUAGCAUAAGGUGGCUCAAGAGAUAGCCUGCAUGAGAAGGGACUGGGAAAGUGUCAGCUUGAGUUUUUCUUUUUUUCUGAGUAUUUAGCUGGUCCUCCUAAGCAUGUUUGUAUUUUCUGGUCUUAAACCUU